UAGUAUUUUUCGUUGCGCACUGUUAAGUCAAAUAAUAAGUUUCGUUAAUUAUUAUCGUUAUUUCGAUUCGAAUAAUAUACAACUUUUAUACGUAUUACACUGUAUACUUUAGAUUAGUAAUACAUUUAGGAUUUGUAAAUCAUUCUUCUGUACGUAAUAAUUACAUUAACGGACAAUUUGUUAUUAUUUAUUCUUAGCUUAGGAUCAUUGCUGUAUUCCUAAAAGAUGCUACCUUUAUCGUUAUUGAAAACUGCCCAGAACCAUCCCAUGCUUGUAGAGUUAAAAAAUGGUGAAACAUACAACGGACAUUUAGUAACUUGUGAUAGCUGGAUGAACAUCAAUCUACGGGAAGUUAUUUGCACGUCUAAAGAUGGAGAUAGAUUUUGGCGACUACCUGAAUGCUACAUUCGAGGUAGUAUGAUUAAAUAUCUUAGAAUACCUGAUGAAAUAUUUGAUAUGGUUAAAGAAGAUAUAGUGGUAAAUAAAGCACGUGGCCGUACUGACAAUCAGAAAAACCGAGGUCGAGGAGGUGCUAGACAAGGUUUUGGAGGAAGAGGAGGUGGACGAGGAGGCGGACAGCAAAGAGGUGGUCAGAAUAAUAAAUUUAGGGGCAAAUAAAUUAUUUCAAUAUUAUAUACAUUACAUAAAUUAUAUGUUUAUAUAACAUAAGUUUGUACAUUUAAACUAAAUAAAUAAUUAUAACUCCUUUACGAAGUAAUUUAAAAUACAUAAACUACCAAUCCAUA